AUGGCGGAAUUGCAAAAUGGAUUACCGCCCGGCUGGGAUUGCAAAAGAGACGAGAGAACGGGAAAACUCUAUUACGUGAACCAUUUCACGAAAACCACCACCUGGGAUGAUCCGAGAACGAGCAGAAACUGGCAUUUGCACACACCGAGACACAAUCAAAAUGCAUCAAACGAAUGCAUUCCCAUGCAGCACGGAACCCCGGAAUCACGAAGGAAUUAUGUUUACCCCAGUCGAUCGUCCCCUUUACCAGCCUUCCAAAUGAGCCCCAAGAACUUGCAGGAGAUGAGCAAACCUAAGAUGAGUCCCUUAUCCGUACGAUCGCCGAAAGUAAUAGACAGUUCUCUGACCAUUUCCACAGAGAGAAUCGAUGAAACCGUCGCGAAAGUUUCCGGAAUGUUUCCCACAGUAACCGAGACGCACAUCAGAAUGUUGAUGAAGAAGUACCACGCGCGCGAAGCCCUAGUAAUAAGCGCCUUGCAGGUAGAGAAGUACCCCAUAACGACUCCGGGUCCCUUUGCGACGCCUCCGCCCCAAAGGAACAUCCACCAGCCGCCCCCCCAUCAUCUGGUGAAAUCGACGGGGGCCAGUCCGGUGUGCUAUCGCCUGCCGGGGGGCGGCUCUCCGGCCAGUUUUCGCAGCUCCCCCAGGCCCCAUUCAUCGCCCAAACUGAAGCUCAGGUACAUGAAGUCCAUUUUUCCCGCAGCCGACGAGACGAUUAUCCUGGAUAUAUUGCAAAACAACGAAAACAACAUCCAGAAGGCUUCGGAUAAUUUGAAAGAUAUGGGCUUCGAAAGAAAGGAUACGGUGAAAGAGGCGAGACAAAAGGUCGAGAAUAAAUUGGAAGAGGAAAGGAAAGAGGUGGAGGAGGAAGAGAAAAGGAAGAACGUCGCUGCAGCUUCGAUACAAUCGCGUGUUAAAACUGCCGAAGAGAAACAGAAAGUGAAAGAAACUCUUCAAGGAAACUACAAGGAUUUAGCGGAGCACUUAAUUUCCAUAGCGUUGGAAAGCGUGAAUUUCGACGAGGGAAAGGCCGAUCAAAUUUUGCAGAUAAUUGUACAGGAGAACACGAAAACUUCUGAUCCCGAAGAAAAAGAGGAAGUGGAUAGUAAUCUUCCGUCUACCUCCGGUGUGGCGAAUAAUAACGCAAAUAUGCCGAUUUCGCAGAGCAGGCAAUCGUUGAAAUCCCUUCUGAAAGCCGAAAGAGACGUGGAAAAGCACACUUUUUCCAGAGUAGUCGAAGAGAACGAUGUUGCUUAUAAAUCGCUGAAUACAACCCCGACACAAGGCCACAAUCAGGACUAUGCUAAAGGAGCCAACGAGAAACUUCUCUUGGAAGAGUACGUGAAAUGGCAAGGCCCGAAUUUAUCGUACAGACAAGGCUCGAAUCCUUCGUUGUUGUCCAAAAGGACUUACAAGCCUUGCGGGCCUAAUAAGAGCCUGGUAAAAGGCCAUCAGUGCAAUUUGAUCAAGGGGAGCAUUUUCUCCCGGUUCAAUCGGGCCGUUGUCGUCGAGGAUUAA